AUGUCGGCCGAGGAAACGUCGAAUUACGCGCCACGGUCGCCGGACCUGUCGUCGUUUUUCUCGGGCAGCCCCACCCAGGCCGCACCUCAUCAACUCCAAGCGUCAGCAAGCCACAGCCAGUCUGGAUAUAAAAUACAGCCUCCCGCCGACCACUUUGGAGCCAUACGAGCCGACACUUCCUCCUACUACGUGCCUCCCCCCUACGGCGCCUAUCCCCAAACCCCCGUAGCGACGCCCACCGGCCAGCCCAAAUACGAGCCCUAUCUCCCGCCCUCUCUACCCCAGCGAGCGCAAAGCUUCGAGGCUCAAGGCCAAAACGCCGCACCUCCCGUAUCGUACAGGCCUGACGAACGAGUCUUCAGACCUUCGCUGCCGCCGUUGGCCACGCCCAACGGACCCUACAAAUCUUUCGGAAGCGCCGUCCUGCCUUCGUCCUCGUCUUCAGACAUGCCGCCGCGAAAGGUAGUGGCGCCUCCGCCCCCUACGCCAGCCGUCGAGCCGUCUCCUGUCCGGACAAAAUUCCCGACGGCCCGGAUCAAGCGGAUCAUGCAGGCCGACGAGGAGGUGGGCAAGGUCGCUCAGCAAACGCCCAUUGCUGUGGGCAAGGCAUUGGAGCUGUUUAUGAUCCAGCUCGUGACAAAGAGCGCAGACGUUGCCAAGGACAAGGGUUCUAAGAGAGUCACGGCGUCCAUGUUGAAGCAGGUGGUGGAGGCGGACGAGCAGUGGGACUUUCUUAGAGAGAUUGUUGGCCGCGUGGAGAACGAGAAGGAGGGUAGCAAGUCCAAGGCCAAGGCCGAGAGCGAAACCGACGAAGAGAUGAUGGAGGAGCCCAAGAAGCGAGGCAGAGGUGGCCGUCGUAAGAAGGUACAAUGA